UUUUUUUUUUCAUUUUUGAAUCAUCGAUGAUUUAAUUUUGAACAGCAAUUCGAUCCUUUCAAAAUAUCACUUUCAAUCACUUGUUAUAUCACUAAUAUCCAAAGGAUAAGAGCUCGUGAUAGAUAUACGUACAGAGGGAAUAAUCCUAUAUCAACAGAAGUGAAAACGUUCCUUAUAAAACCAACCGAUUUCCAUCCGUGUGUGUGUGUGUGUUAAAUUAGAAUUGUUGACAUAACCUUAUCUCGAAAUUCCAUAAAUUGAUCAUUUUCAUUUAGAUCUGCUAUUACUAUUAUAAAAGUACCAUUCAUAGAAACCUAAUAUCAUAUUCAACCAUCAUGAGAUUAUCAAAAACCUUUUUACUUUCAACUCUUGUCAUUUCUAGUUCAAUUGCUGCUAUUGUUGACACUAAAGCUAAAGAAGAUACAAGUAUACAAGUAAAAUCAGGUGGAGUUGCUGGAUCUUCUGAAUUAGCAUCAUCUGGUAUUGAUGUUCCAAGUUCCAAAUCAAAUGCCAAAUUAGGUGUAAAACAAAUCGAUCCGGAAGAUAACCAUCCUACCCCGGAUCAUCUAAAGAAACCGUUAGAUCCUUAUAGUGUUUCAAGUACUAGUGAAUCUGAAGCUGAUGAUGAUUCUGAAGUUACUUCUUAUAAUUCAUUCAUCAUGUCCAUAUCUAUGAUCAUUGUCUCUGAAAUUGGGGAUAAAACUUUUUUGAUUGCUGCAUUGAUGGCUAUGAGAUAUUCAAGAUUUGUGGUAUUUUCAUCAGCUUUUUCUUCAUUAGCUGUCAUGACCGUGUUAUCAGGGGUGGUAGGUCAUGCUUUACCUACUUUAAUUUCAAGAAGAUUAACUCAAUUCUUAGCUGCUGGUUUAUUCAUUGUAUUUGGAGCUAAAUUAUUAAAUGAAGGGUUAAAUAUGUCCAAAGAUUUAGGUGUGGAAGAUGAAUUAGCUGAAGUUGAAGAAGAAAUCGCUUCAAGUAAAUUAAAUAAUCAAAUGAAUGAUAUUGAAAAUGGUGCUUCUUCUGAAUCAGGUAAAUCAAAACCAUGGUACACUGAUGCUAUUUCAAAUUUUGAAAAUUUAGCAGGUUUUGUAUUAUCACCAGUUUGGAUUCAAGUAUUUGUUAUGACUUUCUUAGGUGAAUGGGGAGAUAGAUCUCAAAUCGCCACUAUUGCUAUGGCUGCUGGAUCUGAUUAUUGGUUUGUCAUCUUAGGUGCUAUUGUCGGUCAUGGUAUAUGUACUGCUGCUGCUUGUGCUGGUGGAAAAUUAUUAGCUAAAAAGAUCUCGAUGAGAAAUGUUACAUUAGGUGGUGCAAUUGCAUUCUUUGUAUUUUCUAUCUUAUACUUUUAUAGUGCUUAUUAUGACCUUGAAGGUUAGGUUAAUCAGUUCUACUCAUUCAUGCAUUUCUCCAUAUUCAUUCUGUUUUUCUAGAUUCUUACAAAAAAUAUAUAUUAGUUAUAUAGUUAUACACAUACAUUUCAUAAUUCUCCUUGAUACAUAAAUUUUAAUACUUGAUUUGGAUUUAAACCUUUCUUACCACCAGCAGUGAUACUUAAUUCAAUAUCAUCUUUCUUACUUUCAGCAUCUUUCUUUAAAUGAGCUUCACGUUUACCUUCAUCAGUUUCUAAAUAAGUUAAUUCUUCAACCGUAUGAAAUCCAUAAAAUUGAAAUGAAUCUCGUAAUUCUUUAACUUUAGCAAAACUCCAUUCAGCAAAUUCAUCUUCCUUUUGUAAAUUAUUCGUCCCAUUACUACUCAUCAAAUCUCUAGUUUUAAUGGCACUUUCUGUCCAUUCAUCUACUUCAGGCAAUGCUUUCUUUCUUAAUAAAGUUGUUAAUAAUGCUUCUU